AUGGCUCUUGACUAUUUGGAUUCAAUCAAACAACAACAAAACUCAUAUGAGGACUUUCGUUUGAAAGGCUUGAUUUUUAUCGGAAUUUGGAAUGAGGUUGUCCAAUUCAACAGCUUGAUCGAUUUUGCUUAUGCAAAGGGUUUUACGGGAAAGAGAGACUAUCAGCAUCUUCUUGAUCAAUGUCCAGCCUGUAAUCAGAGUCGAUCAUCCGAUUGUGAUUAUUUAAAUUCGCCCAUGCAAUCUUGUCAAGAAACGGCCAAAAAAUUGAAUGCUGAUCUAAUCGAUUUGGGAAUUGACAAGUACAAUAUGUACGGUGAUUGCUACAAAAUCUCAGUGAAUGGCGAUGAAGUCUAUCCAGAGAAUGUGAAGAAUUUCCGUGAUUCAUCGGAUCAAUUGAAUGGAAAUGAAUGUGGAGUCGAUGAUUUGAUUGAAGAGUAUUUGAAUCGAAAUGAUGUGUUUCAAGCUUUACGAGUCGAUCUGAUGAAAAACAACAAUCAACCGUUCAAAAUUUGCAGAAAUGUAUCCGAAUAUCAAGCUGAUUACUCAUUCAAGACGAAUCUCCCCUACAUUCUAUCACAUUUUAUUUACCGACAAAAUGACAUGAAGAUUUUGAUCCUGAAUGGUGAUGUUGAUCUAGUCUACAAUCACAUUGGAGUUGAGCGCUUUCUCAAUGGAAUAAAUGGAGUGAAAAUCACUUCAAAUUCUGAGCAAUGGCUGUUCAACUUUGAUUCGAAUGCUUAUAAAGCGACCACUGGUGGAUAUGUGACAAAAUAUGAGAACAAUUUGGAUUUCUCAACAAUCAAAGGUGCAGGUCAUUGGAUCGGUUUAGAUCGACCAAUGCAAUCCCUGCAAAUCAUGUACAAUUUCAUGAAUGAUCAAAAUUACAGCACAGAUAUCUCCAAGAUUGAUCUAAAACCAGCAAAGAUUCUUUCAAAGUCAGCGAUAAACUUGAAAACGAUGACCAGAACAAGAACAACAUCGAACAAAAUUGAGGCAUCAACGAGAAAGGAACAAGAUUUGAUCACAAGUCUUCCUGGUGCCACUCUAUCGUCAAAGUUUGCCCAAUACAGCGGCUACCUCAACGGAUUGGGAAAACACAAGUUGCACUAUUGGUUCGUUUCCUCAAUCUCGAACCCCGAUUCAUCUCCUCUUCUCCUUUGGCUGAAUGGCGGUCCGGGUGACUCUUCAAUGUACGGAAUGUUCUAUGAGAAUGGGCCAUAUCUUUUGAAUCCUGAUGGAAAAACGCUCAGAGAAAACCCGGUUUCUUGGAAUAAAUUUGUCAACAUUUUGUAUAUCGAAUCACCGGUUGGAGUGGGGUACUCAUAUUCCGAUGAUCCGAAUGAAAAUGCGACUCUAAGUGAUGACAAUUCAAUGGAGGAAAACUACGCGGCUCUGUCCGAUUUUGUCAACAAUAUCUUUCCCGAAUUUCAACAACGAGAUCUUUACGUGAUUGGUGAAAGUCAUGGUGGAGUUUAUGUGCCAAUGUUGAGCUCAAAGAUCAUCGAUGGAGUACAAAGGGGAGAGUUGCCUGUAAAGUUCAAGGGAAUGGCCACAGCAAACGGCCUGAUCGACUACAGUCACAAUAUCAACAGUAUGAUGCAUAUUUUGUACUUUCACGGAUUAAUGCCUUUUAGUGCUUACUCGAAUCUCCUCGAUACUUGCUGUCCGGUUAGAUCAAACGAAUUUGAGUGCAAAUUCUCGGAACAUAUCGAUUGGCCGACUUUCCCGACUCCAAAAUACCAAAAUGAUUCCUGUUUCGAUACGCUCGUUUCUCUGGUGCUGAAGUAUUAUCUUGGAUCACCGAAUAAUGGAUAUCAAAUCUAUCAGGAUUGUUAUCAACAGCCGGUGAAACCUGGUGUACAGAACAACACAUAUCCCCUUUCAUCUAAUGAUCCUUUUUUGGGAUACUGGUGCUUUAUGGAUGAUUCAUUGAGGACUUACAUGAGACAAAGUGAGCUUCGAGAAGCACUGCAUAUUCCAAAGGAUCUCCCGGAUUGGCAAAGUACAAGCAUUGAAGACAAAUACACGAAGCAACGCUUCACCAUGAGACCGUACUUCGAUAAGGCGAUAGAAGCGAAGGUCAAGAGUCUAAUCUAUAAUGGUGACACCGAUCUCCAUUGUAAUCAUUUGGGCGCUGAAUGGUUCGCCGAUGAAGUUGCUACAGGAAACAAUCUUCCAGUGAAACAAUCGAGAACCGAAUGGUACUAUCAACUUGAUCGAGAAUAUCAGAAACGAAUGGCUGGAUAUCAGAUAAAAUAUGGGGAUUAUUUGGAUGUGAUCACAAUAAAGGGAGCAGUGCUGUUGAUGAUACUUCGAAUAAUAUCACUCCUUUUUGGGCUCUUUUUGAUCUCAACAUGUCAGGAGACGCCAAGAGCUGCGGCUGAUCGGAUUCGAUGGCUUCCCGGAUCAACUUUUGUCGAAGAUUUCACUCAAUACUCCGGCUUUUUGAGCGCAAAUGAUACGCUGAAUGGAGUGACGGCUCAGUUUCAUUAUUGGCUUGUGAUGGCCAAACCAUCUGUGCAAAACGCGCCAUUGAUCGUCUGGCUGAAUGGAGGACCCGGAUGUUCAUCAUUGAGUGGACUCUUUGUCGAGAAUGGUCCAUACCGACCGAGUCAAGAUGGAAAGCAGCUGAAUGAGAAUGUUUAUGCAUGGAAUCGGUUUUCCAAUGUUUUAUACUUGGAAUCACCGGCUGGAGUUGGCUUCAAUCCACAAACGAGUACGACGUGGGAUGAUGCAAAGGUUGCUCAAGCCAACUACUUUGCGCUCAAUGAUUUCUUCACCGUUUAUCCAGAUGCCGGCAAAAAUGGUGUUUUCCUGUCCGGUGAAGGCUAUGCAUCGGUCUACGUAACAACGCUCGGAAAUGUCAUUGCUGACAAUAUUUCGGCUGGAAAGAAUACAAUCAAUUUACAAGGAAUUCUGAUUGGAAACGGAUUGUUAUCCAUUCGAAAGCACUACAAUGCGAUGAUUGAGUUCUCGUACGCAAAGGGGAUGAAUUUUAAAGAAGAUUUCGACAACCUCACUGCAACAUGUUGUGGAAAUGAUUCCUCUCCGAUGAACUGCGAUUACUACUCGUACGACUUUCAGAACUCGGACUGUGGGAAAAUGGCCUACGCUUUUUACACAAAACUCCAGAAACCAGAAGUUGAUCCCUACAAUAUCUACCAAGAGUGUUAUCAAUUGGCCAAGAAUCAAGCAUCGGCUAACGAGUUUUAUGGACUAGAGUUGGCUGCCAACUACAACUCCUCUGAUCCAUUUGAUGGCUUUCCCUGUUUUGCCGAAGACGCGAUCACAAAUUAUCUCCAACGAGCCGAUGUGCAGAGUGAAAUCCAUGUAUUGGCCGAUCAACAAAAGCCUAUUCAAUGGCGAUCUUGCUCAACACUCACCAAUUACGGACAACAACAAAGCGGAGACAUCAGCAUUGCAUUGGGAAGACUCGUCAAUUCGCUCAUUUGGAGGCAAAAUAAUUUGAGGCUUUUGCUCUACAACGGUGACUUGGAUUUGUCAUCGAAUCACGUCGGCGCGCAGUGGUUCGUCGAGGCACUCAACCAGCAGGCAUUAACUAAUGGAGGAGAUUGGCGCUUUUCACUCAACGAUUCGCUGUAUGUCGGCUCGACCGGUGGCUAUUAUAAAAGUUUCGAUCGUCAGAUCACCUUUGCGACUAUUAAAGGUGCCGGCCAUUUCGUACCUCUCUCUCGACCCGCCCAAAUUCUGCAACUCGUUCGCAACUUCGUCACCAACUCCACAAUCGCACGAGAUCUCAGCGAUGUCUCACUGAAGGCGUCUCCACUUCGCAGCGAAUAUCGGCCGAAGGAUGACGAGCCGACAAGGAGAAAAACCGCUGAUCAAGUUCAUAACCUCCCCGGGGUCACCUGGGACAUCGAUUUUCGUCAUUUUUCCGGCUACUUGAAAGGAUCACCCACUCAUUUCUAUCACUAUUGGUUCUUGGAGUCAUCACAACCAACGAAUACCCCGGUUGUCUUGUGGCUUGGCGGAGGACCGGGAAGCUCGGGAAUCCAAGGGCAAUUCUACGAGAAUGGCCCAUUCCGAGUGAAUCGAGAAGGGCACACAAUGUUUGAAAAUAUCUUCUCUUGGAAUAAGUUCGCCAACAUGUUAUACCUGGAAUCACCACGUGGCGUUGGAUGGUCCUAUCAAUCGAAUGAUGAUCUCGAUUACAGUUACACGAAUAAUGGAACAGCAUCCGACAACUUGAAUGCGGUCAUCGACUUCUUCGAGAACAUUUUCCCCGAAUACAAACAAAAUGGUUUCUACAUUUCGGGUGAAAGCUACGCCGGUGUGUACAUUCCGAUGUUGGCCGAUGCGCUGAUUCAAGCGAUUCAAUCGGGAAGAACUGAUAUCAAUUUCAAGGGAAUCGCUGUCCAAUCCGGCUUCGUGAGUCAAGUCUACAACCUCAACGUGGCCGUUCAUCAGCUCUACCUUUACGGAUUACAAGGAAAAUAUGAAUACGACAAUUUCAUCAGUCGCUGUUGUCAAGGAGUCAAAGAUCCGACCACUUGUGAUUUCUACGAUCAAUAUUUGUAUGCGGGAGCUGAUGGGUAUUUGUAUCCAAAAGACGGCGCUGAUCCUUGGUGUGCAAAUGAGACGAUUCGUCAAACAAAGCAAACGUGGAACCCGUCAAGUGCCGUGAUUGACAUGUACAGUUUGUAUCUGGAUUGCGGGUUGAGCCCUUGGACCGACAAAGUGCCGCCUGUUCGAGCCGACGGAUUUGUGGAUAAUACGCAAAUGAUCAACCUUUACUCGACCGAUCAUCUCAACGGUUUCCCGUGUUGGGGCGGAUCGGCCGCAACUGUUUUCAUGAAUCAACCGGGCAUUCGCGAAGCCAUGCAUAUUCCGGAUGAAGUUGGAAAAGAGUGGAAACAUUUCAACGGCACCGUCGGCGAUCUCUAUGACCAAAGUUGGCCAUUGGAGCUGGACGCUUUCAUCGUUCGAAUCGUCAAUUCUUACUAUUAUAAGCAAAACAAUAUGAGUCUUUUAUUUUACAAUGGAGAUACGGAUACGGUCUGCAGCCAUUGGCAAACACAUUGGUGGUUGAAUCGAGUGGCGAAAACGUUGGGAAUUAAAAAAUUAGCUCCUCGAGACUAUUGGUGGUACCAGAAAAGCGCCGAGUUUCAACCGGUGAUGGCUGGAGCGAUUGAGCGAUUCGAGAAACAAAUCGAUUUCUUGACGAUCAAGGGAGCUGGCCAUCUGGGAGCCGCUGAUCGGCCGGGCCCCGUCGCGCAAGUGCUCUACAAUUUUGUGAACCGGAAACCAUACAAUGCUUCCUAUCCAAAGGAUAUCAAAAAGAAACCGCUGAAACAAUCAUUUCAAUCACUACAGAAUUGUGAGAAUGGGAAAUUUAAAGGCACAGCUGAAGAGCGACCGAAGCAAGAAGAGAGUGUGAAAGCUCCUCCAAACAACACCGACGAUUUGACGAGCCGAGCGAAAAGCGAUCUGAUCACCUCGAUUCCCGGCCUCACCUUUGACAUCAAUUUCCGUAAUUUUGGCGGUUAUCUCCAUCCGGAGAACAUCAAAACGCAUCAUUUGUUUUACUGGUUCAUGGAAUCGCAAAACGAUCCAAAAAAUGAUCCUGUUGUGCUAUGGUUGAAUGGAGGGCCUGGUUGCAGUUCGAUGGUCGGUCUCUUCGAAGAACUCGGGCCAUAUCACAUGAAUCCGGAUCAAGGGAAAACCCUCUACGAGAACAUCUAUUCGUGGAACAAAAGGGCAAGUGUCCUCUUCAUGGAGGCGCCAGUUGGAGUCGGAUUCUCGUAUUUCGAGGAAUCCGCUUGGAAUAAUACCGAUGAGACGGUCGCAAUCGACAACGCUUAUGCGAUCAAGGAUUUCUUCCAAAAUGUUUUCCCGCAAUAUGCCCAGAAUGCUUUCUAUGUGACCGGUGAGAGCUAUGUUGGAGUGUACGGUCCAACUUUGACGAGACAAAUCAUCGGACUUAUUGAAUCCAAUCAGCUACAAUUGAAUUUCAAGGGAAUGGCGAUUGGAAACGGGAUUUUGAGUGAGUGGCUACAGUCGAAUUCGGAGAUUGCGCUUCAGUAUUCUCAUGGAUUCACUUCGCAAGAUGAGUGGAAUCGUCUCAGCGAGGUGUGCUGCUCUGAUUUGGGAAAUCCCCUCUACUGUGACUACUCGAAUGCGCGAAGCAAUAGCACUUGUGAUCGAACGUAUAACGAAAUCGAGAACAAAUUCUAUGAUGCUAUCCAAGACAGCUACAACAUUUAUUUGGAUUGUUACACUUGGCAGAAAACAUCGCAAAUCUCGCAGCGAGCUCGAUGGAGGAGAAGAACGGCACAGCAAUACAAAGAUUCGCCUGAGCAUACCCUCAUCGCUUUUGAUGCACCCACGAAACCGAGAAAGCACUUUGUUUAUCGACAGAACACGGAUCGUAUGAGUUUCGAUUCAACGGAUCCAUUCAAUGGCUACACUUGUUAUAAUGAUGACGCUCUGACUACUUAUUUGAAUCGAAAAGAGGUGCAAGAUGCGAUUCACGCAACGAUCUACUAUCAAGGAGCAAAAUGGGAAGAGUGCAGUGAUCGUCACACGAGUCCCUAUUUCAAGUAUUACCUCUUGAAAGAAUACUUCAAUAUGACGAACACAUUCAAUGCAAUCAUGAAUUCGAAUUGGUACACAAAGAACAACAUGAGUAUCUUGAUCUACAAUGGAGAUGUGGACACGAUUUGUCAAUUCUUGGGCGAUGAAUGGUUUAUCGAGAAUCUUGUUGAGCUCAGGAAUUUGACUGUUCUGCAAGAUCGUGAUCAAUGGUUCUUCAAAGAUAUCUACGAGUCGAGUACUGGAGGUUUCGUGAAAAGAUGGACGAGUAAUUUGAUUCAAAUGACGAUAAAGGGUUCCGGCCACUUUGUCCCAAUGGAUCGACCCGGUUUCGCCCUGCAAAUGCUCAUGAAUUUCAUGAAUGGAGUCAGCGAUUACAGCACUCCGCUAACGGUUGAUCUCACCCCAGCUCCCCUUCUCCCCGAGUACGCCAACGAGGAUGAACCGAUUCAAAAUUGCUCAAGAAAGGACCAAGCUCGAAUUUUUGUCAUGCCGGGCGCUGAUUUUGACAUCAAUUUCAAUCAGUACAGCGGCUAUUUGGAUGGAAGUGCCACACAUAAAUUGCACUAUUUCUUGGUCGAAGCCGAAGUAAAUCCAUCAACAGCGCCUCUCAUUUUGUGGCUGAAUGGUGGACCCGGGGCCAGCUCUCUUGAUGGACUUUUCGAAUUGGGAGGACCGUAUCGAGUGAAACCCGAUGGGAAAUCGGUCACAAAGAAUCCCUAUGCUUGGAAUAAGUUCGCCAAUGUGCUCUUCUUGGAAGCGCCCGUUGGCGUCGGUUACUCGUACAGCACGAUCGUCAAUGAGACAAUUGAAUACAACGAUAAUAAUACAGCCACCGAGAACUAUGCUGCACUGAAAGACUUCUUCACGAACGUUUUCCCCGAGUACGCGACAAGAGAUUUCUAUAUCUCGGGCGAAAGCUAUGCUGGAGUUUAUCUACCAACAUUGGCUGUAAAAUUGAUUGAUGGAAUUGCGAGCAAUGAUUUGAAUAUCAGCUUCAAGGGAAUGGCUGUCGGCAACGGUGUUUUGGAUAAAAAUCUUGAUCUUGACUCGUUGAUUCAUUUGAAAUAUUACUCGGGAAUCAUCACUUACAACGACUACAUAAACGUGAUCAAUCAAUGCUGCCCAUCCGGCUCAAACGAGUUCAAUUGUCGCUUCUCCGAUCAUGUCGACUGGGCGCAAGGCUUUUUCCCGAUGGCCAAGAAUAAUUCUGAUCCGUGCUAUUCUGUUAUUCGGAAACUCGCUACUCAAGAGUACACGUCGAGAAAUGAUCGCUACAACAUGUACCAAGAUUGCUACAAUGUGCCUGUACCUUCAUCCACAAAUGUGAAAGGACAGAUUUUGGCAAACUUGAACUCGUCCGAUCCAUAUGAUGCCUAUUACUGUUACAUGGACAAUGCCAUGUACAACUAUUUGAAUUUGGACGAUGUGAAAGCGGCACUGAACAUCCCGAGUGUCGUCAAACAGUGGUACAAUGAUGAUGAAGCAGGUGAUCUCAUUCUUGGUGUUUACCUCCAACUCUGGGACGAUCAAUAUCAAAACUUUGCAAAGAUCCUAAGCUCAGGAAUCAAGACAAUGAUCUACAAUGGAGACGUUGACACGGCGUGCAACUUCUUGGGAGCUCAGUGGUUUGCCGCGAAUCUUCAAACACAACAACAGCUUAUGGUCACAACUCCGAGAUCUGAUUGGUACUAUCAACAGGAUCCAAGUUAUCAAAGGCGAAUCGCCGGAUCGGUGGUUCGAUACUCGAUGAAGUUUGAUGUGCUUACUGCAAAGGGAGCCGGCCACAUGGUGCCGAUGGAUCGCCCGAUGCAAGCUCUUCAAAUGAUCUACAAUUGGGUGAACGAUCAGGAUUACAGUAUCCCUUUCGGGUCUGCUCCACCCGAUACCACACCCACUUCGUCGACCCCUUCCAACACUGACUCACCGACCAUGUCCAACACUGACUCACCGACCACUUCCAAAAUUGAUUCACCGACCACUUCCAAAACUGGCCCACCGACUACUUCCAAAACUCGCCCACCGAGCACGACUAUGAUAGCAACACAGCCCACCGUUACAGGGAAAUCGGGUCAACAAAUCUCUCUAGUUUUUGCCCUGAAUGCUUAUUUCUUUGUCAACUUAUUCUUG